AUGGCUCAAACAGUCAACAUGAAGGUCCAGGAGUUACCAUAUCUGCCACCUGAAGUUUGGGUUUUGGUGUUCAGCUACUUGAACACUGAGGAGAAGCACACAGCCCGCCUCUGCUGCAGACGCUUCAGAGAUCUCAUCGACCACCCGUCCCUGUGGAAGGAUUAUACAACAGGACUCUCCAACUUUUUCCGCUACACAUCUGGAUUCUGGGACACCGUGCAGUGCCGUGGGGUCAGCCGUGCCACAGUGCGAGAUUUACGACCCAGAGAUUGGAAAAUCCUCAGCAAGUCCCUCCCAUCGCUCAACACCAUUGUCUGUGUGAGGGAACGGCGGUAUUACAAGAUGAAAUACUUAGACAACCUGUGUGAAUUCCCCAACCUGACCAGUCUUGGGGUACGAAACGUCACCUGGGUUGGGCCGUUACUGGUGCAGUGUCAGAGUCAGCAACUAGCAGAGCGGUUGACUCACCUCAGCGUCUGCAACAUUCAGAUGUCCUGCAAAAAGACUGUGGCGUUCAUCAAAAGCGUGUCACGCUUGGUCAACCUGGAGUACUUGCUGUUCCACCAGCAGGAAAGUGUAAGGCUUGAGAGGAUGAAGCCAGUGCCCUCUUUCAUCUUCCACAACCUGCUGCUAAACCUGAAGAAACUCAAACACUUAUCCUGGGGAAUGAAAGGGGAGCCACCAGUGUCACUGCCCAACAACUACUUCUACCCACUGGACCCAGAAAACCCAGGAGAGUACGGCGGCCCAGAACUGAUCUCUUUGGAGUUAGUCAAUUACACAGAUAUCAUCCUGUCGGAGGACGCGCUGAGGGGUCUGACUUCACUCAAGUCGCUUGCUGUCCACUACAGGUACCCCUCGGAUGGUCUCGAGUGCCAUCUCUAUUCCUGGCUCAGUUAUCUGCAACAGCUGGAAUCACUCUCAAUCAUUGGAGGGCAUUUUCUUGCCUCUUAUGCGGAAGACCUUCCAACCCAGGUGACCAGUCUGACACUGCGAACAUCCCUAUGCGCGUGCGAGAUGAGCUCCAUUGCAUCUCAACUCCAGCGAGUUGAGCAUCUGGACAUAGAUCAUAACUGCUCUGAUGAUAGUCUCUGCAAACAGCUUCCUACACUGUUUCCUCAACUCAAGACUCUCAGGAUACGGUGCUCCUACCUUUCAACGAAUCAGUGUUAUUACUCAGGGACAAAGGACUAUUAA